AUGGGUUCUGUGUCCGAAACUGUUUGUGUUACCGGGGCCACGGGUUUCAUCGGAUCAUGGCUCGUCAUGAGACUCAUCGAACGCGGUUAUACAGUUCGAGCCACGGUACGCGAUCCAGAUAACAUAAAGAAGGUGAAGCAUUUGUUAGAACUGCCGGGUGCAAAUAGCAAAUUGACACUUUGGAAAGCUGAUCUUGCUGUAGAGGGUAGUUUUGAUGAAGCGAUUAAAGGUUGUACAGGAGUUUUUCAUGUGGCUACACCUAUGGAUUUUGAGUCAAACGACCCUGAGAAUGAAGUGAUCAAACCUGCCAUAAAUGGAUUACUAGACAUCAUGAAAUCAUGUCUCAAGGCGAAAACUGUUCGCAGAUUGGUUUUCACAUCAUCGGCCGGAUCCGUCAACGUCAUUGAAAAUCAAAAACUCUUGUUCGACGAGAGCUGCUGGAGUGACGUUGAGUUUUGUCGGAGAGUUAAAAUGACUGGAUGGAUGUAUUUUGUUUCUAAGACACUUGCUGAACAAGAAGCAUGGAAAUUUGCUAAAGAAAACAAGAUGGAUUUCAUCACAAUCAUUCCACCUCUCGUUGUUGGUCCUUUUCUUAGUCCAUCUAUGCCACCUAGCUUAACCACUGCCCUUUCUCCUAUUACAAGAAAUGAGGCUCAUUAUUCAAUUAUAAAGCAAGGUCAAUUUGUUCAUUUGGAUGAUCUUUGUGAAGCUCACAUAUUCUUGUUUGAGCAUAUGGAAGUUGAAGGGAGGUACAUAUGUAAUGCAUGUGAAGCUAAUAUUCAUGACAUUGCAAAAUUAAUUAAUGCAAAAUUUCCAGAGUACAAUGUCCCUACAAAGUUCGAAAAUAUUCCAGAUGAAUUGGAGCAUAUUAAAUUUUCUUCAAAGAAGAUCAAAGAUUUAGGAUUCGAGUUUAAGUACAGUUUGGAGGAUAUGUACACCGAAGCUAUUGACACAUGCAGAGAAAAAGGGCUUCUUCCUAAAACUAUGAAAGCUCCAAAAAAUUAA